GCAAGUUUGUCGCGGACGCCAUUUGGCAUCAACGUAUGUACAUCAUUUACAUGUCCGCAAAGAUCAAAGUUGCUACGCGUUUCGAGUCUGUGAAGACUCUAGGAACAACAUCCAAUGACAGCUAAGACGCUGAACGGUUGAUUCUAGUAUCCUUCAUCAUACAGCAUCCCCUGUCUUAACUCUUUGACGCUCAAUUGCGAGGUGUUUGCCAACCCCAAGCUUUUUAUGGUCACCUCCCAACCCAAUGCAUCUGCCACCAGGAGCACCUUGACCACGCAUUGUGCUUGUUGCAUGAUUGUGGCCAGGGUGCGAAUCAGCUCAUAAUGAUCUUGAUCGCGACAGAUGUCCACCCUGUCCAUGACAAUAUACACCGUUGCUGUCCUCUCAUACAAACUCACCACUUUUACGGCAAGGUCUUUCAGCGCGUUGACUUUGUCCUCGUCCUCAUCGUCCUCGUUCUCCGAUGUCUCCAACGCAGAAAAUUUGUACACAGCAGCCAUUAUGGCCUCACGAUGUUCAGCGAACUUGACCCCGAGUUCCCUUUGCCGGUGCCUGAGCAGCUGGAGCAGCACAAUUGGUAACGCGGUGUGUAUGGAUUGCGGAUGCAAUCGAUCAAUUGGGUCGAAGACAUGGACUGCAACCGGCGCUGCACUGGUAGGAACGCUUGCAAAGCUGUCUGCUAGCUCCAGCGCAAACCCUGACACCCAAUUAUACCGUUUACCUUGCGCAAUGUUUUCAUUGUUCACCCCAACAAGAAGGAGCAGUCUUGACUGGCCGCUCGUUUCCCAUUCAGCUAUCACAGGGUCGCGUCGGAGCUUGCUGCCGAGAGACAGUUGUUCAUAAUUAGUCUCUUCAGCACGCUCUCUAUUCAGCCGCAACUUGUACUCUUUGAGCGCCUCCUGAUGUGCUUCCGCCGUCCAGGAGGUGAGACCCAACAGAGUCCGUAUCUCAAUAAGAUGGCUGGUGUUAUUAUCUCGCUGGAGCUCUGUAUGCCACAACCAAAUGUUAGCUUGCAUUGAGUGGUUUACCUGGUUAUUACCUUCAUUCUGUUGCUUUAUCGCGGCAAUAUUACGGUUCAGCAACUCCUCGCAUCUCAAUCGGAUUGCCAUCACACGGUCGAAGACGGUCUCCGUCAUGUCAUUGAAUUUGUUUGAAUGGAAGGAUGCUAUCAUCCAGCGGUCUGCCAAAAAAGUCAAACCGCGUCUUGCUUGGGACAAAGGGAUGACUUACAAAUUCCUGGCCGCAAGUAAUAUCUCGUGAUCUCAAUCGACAGAUCAAUGAAUUCAAGGUAGGCAAGCAAAAUCUUUUUCCUCAAAUCUUUCUCCAGAUCGUUGUCGGCCUUGUAUAUGUACUCGUACAUCUGGAAGCCGGGCAGCCUGUCUUUGACCCCUUCUAGUGCGGAGGAGAUGCGACCUUCCAUAGAGUUCUUCCUUCCUGCAAACUAGAACUCAUUGUCAGCACAACCAUCUCAGCAUCUUGAGAUCCGAGGACCUGUCGGCGGGUCUGAGUUGUCUUACCACGAACAGUCCGGUCAGCGUCCCAACUGCAAGUCCGGUAUAGGGAGCGCCAAACGCUUUCACCAUGUCAAGCACGGGUUCUAUAUCCUUCAUGAACGCAGUGACUCCGCCCGAGAAGUUUUGAUAUCGCUUCGACCACAGGCGCCAUCCCUUUUUAUGGUCUGCAUUAUACCGCGAUUGGGCGUUUCCACUGAUUUCCGACCAGAACUGUACAAAGUCGCCCUGGGUUCUGCAGCCGAAUGCUCUUGUUGCCUCUGGGGCCAGAUUCUUCGACCUCAACCAGUUGUGGAAGCUAUUCUGCUUUUCCUCCACCUCUCGAAAUCUCUCCCUGGAAGGGCACGUUAGCGGGCUUCUGAUACCUCCAGUACACUGUCUUUGCUUUGAUAGGCCAUGACUUACGACUCCGUCUCCGUAAGGUCAGGAAGCUGCUGUGCCAUGUUGGCAGCGGCCACCGACUCGAUGAAGCAAUCGGCAAGCUUCACAUCCAUGAUAUCUCUUGGUCAGGCUGUACAUGUUCCAUUUGCGCAUGUCCGGAACGCGUUACAUUGGGGUUGAGGGGGCUGAUACCCCUGUCAUAGCAUUAGAUCAGGCGUCCCGGCCAGGGUCAAUCCGUUCAAGUUGUGGCUUGUGACAGUCUCACGUGUCGAUAUGUGAGUCGUCAGGACUCAAUGCACACUCAUACACCAUCAACACUUGCGAUGUUGUCGGCUGCACCUCAGCCGCCCCCUCGUAUAGCCGCCUCGCACUAGUACUCAGCCCCCAUCAUGUUGCAGAAAACCACAUGGGAUGUAACAGGCCACCAUGUCCGCCUUGUCGGUCCGCAGUUCGACAAUUGGCGGGAAGAACCAUAAAAUUGGCAAAGGGGGGAGGGCUCUGUCGCUUGAACCUAUGUGCCCGGCUUCUGGCCAUCAAUUGAACCCUCAGCCGCCUUCUUUCUACUUAUUCGAGACGCUACCCAUCUAAAGACGCCUUUCACCUCCAGAUGAGAAACAAAGCAGAAGUGAUGAGUCCUGAGCCGGUGAAAGGAAUUACUGUCCCGCAAACGCCUGUGGAGGAUAAGCUCAAGUUGCUGGAGGCAAAGAUAGCAGAGCUCGAGUCCUACUAUCACAAGCUCAAGCUACAGGGGCUUCCUGAUGGCGUUGCCAAAGAUGACACAGACAAGGCCGGCGAUACCGACAAGGCUGGCAAGACAGAGGAGACUAAAGGCGAUGAGCUGGACGAGCAGGCACCCACCUCCCGUGCUCGGGUUGUCGUGAACAAGUUAGAUACCGACUCCGGCACACGGAAAGAUAUCCCUGCCGGUGAGGCUGCAAUGCCUCUCAAAGGCAAUGAGCUCGAGAACAAGUACGCCUUUCAGCUUAGGAAGCUGAUUUAUGGACCCGACGAUGACGACGAAGGCGAAGUGGAGAUCUUCAGUCCAGAUCUGCGGCUCCUUCUCAAACGGCUUCUCAAGCAUUAUCCCUACCAUCAUUUCCUGGGUGACACCGUGACACUCAAUUCACCUUAUGAGUGUCUGGUUCUGAAUUGGGACUUGCUCGUCAGUGAGGCGAACCAGCCAGGACUGAACGAAAAAGACCAGCUGGCCCGUGACGAUCUCAGGCUCCUCUUGAACACCAUCAAGGAAGGGUCAGGCGAGGAGAGGCUAGACGACUACUUCAAAAUACGAGAUACGCUUAAAGCAUCACGCAGCAUUACCUUCCAGAAUUUAUGGACCAUCUUUCCGCCUGGUACAGUCGUGUAUAGUCGGCAAUUUCUCAAACAUGACCAGAUCUUCAUCGUACAGGACAAUGUGCGGGUAUGGCCACGUCAAGGCAAUCGCGCCCGCUUCGGCCUUUAUUGCUGGACCUACGAUUGGAACGGACAAGUCUUCCAACGACGUCCGAUCACCCUAAGCAUUGAUUACUUCGAGGGCCCUCGGCCAAUUGCCUCACUCAACGUGCAUCCACUCGAGGAUACUGAGAAUGAGGAGGAAGUGAAGCAGAGGCUACUGGCCCGAGGCAAGCUGUUUCGGAAGUAUUGUACAGUGCCCAAGGAAAGCCGGAUGUUCAAGUAUUCCGGGAAGUGCGUGGUGGAUAGGAAGGGUUUUCGUGGUGUGAGCGCCAAUGAGGACCACGACGAAGAAGAGAACAUCAAUCGUCAGGAGAGGUCGAGAAUGUUUUAUCCGCCGGAUGAUGGUGUUGGCGAAAGAAGAGGAAAGCAAUCGAUGGUCGACGGCGACAUCAUGGUCGACUUCGAGUCGUACUACAAGUAUGGGCUCGCCGAAGCACAGAUAGGUGACCUAUCAUUGGGUGACGACACAGACGAAUGUCAAUGCUCCGAUUGUAUGAGCAACGAUGCGUUGAGGGCGAUGUACCGUGUCGACUACGAUGGCAAGACAGGAGCCGACUAUGAGCAAUGGGAGGAUGAGCAGAUAAUGCUCUGCCCACCCCGACUCCUGGGAUAUGUCCUCCGUGACAAACAAUGGGCGCAGCUCGAUGUAAACGGCAUUGUCAAAUUCGGACAAAAGGCGGACGAUGACGCGUUUUGGGAAAGACUGAAACUGGCGGGGGAGGACGGCGGCAGAGAAACCAAGAUGCUACUUCACGGCCUGGUCAAGAACCACGGCAUCAGCGAGACAGGGGGUGGGUACCAACUCAAUGAUAUCGUGCCAGAAAAAGGCAAAGGCCUGGUGAUUCUGCUAUACGGACCGCCUGGAGUCGGCAAAACCUCAACAGCGCAAACCAUCGCCGUGGCAGCCAAGAAGCCGCUGUUCUCCAUCGGAGUGGCCGAUGUUGGCACAUCUGCCAAAUUGGUCGAAUCGAACUUGGAAAAGAUAUUUGAUCUCGCAACGACCUGGAGAGCAAUUCUUCUCAUUGACGAAGCAGAUGUGUUUCUUCAAAGCCGAGCAAGGGGACAGAUGGGUCCUACGACCGAGCGCAACGCUCUUGUUUCGGUCUUCCUCCGAGUCCUGGAAUACUACCAAGGAAUCCUCAUCCUGACGACCAACCAAAUUGCCCAAUUCGACGUUGCCGUACAGUCACGCAUCCACAUCGCGAUCCGAUACGAAGGUCUCGACAAACGUCAGACGGUCGACAUCUUCGAAGGCUUCCUCGAACAGUUUAAGCGCAAAGGCCUGGUGCAGCCCAAGACGUUCACGGACAUCAUGAACUACGUCCGCAAGGACCUGUACAAGAAGAAAUUCGACGGGCGGCAGAUUCGGAAUAUCGUCACCUCGGCUAUGGGCGUCGCUUUGGCCGACAACAGGCAGAUGACCAUGGAGGACUUGAACAACGUUGUCACCAUCAUGAUGGGCUUCAAGGGCGAUUUGGAGUAUCAGAUGAGACAGUAUGAAGAAGCGCAAAGCGGGUCACGAAAUCCAUAUACUUGAAGACCGUAGUCUGUCGCCGAAAGUGGGCGUCAGAAAAAAGGAAAUGAGAGCAGGCAAGUUCAACAGAAAAGCUACCCAAGCAGAGAGCGAACAGGGGGGCUAAUUGAAAUGGAUGAACGACGUCAAGCAAGAGAUUGGCUUCUGCCGGGCAGAAUGGUGAUGAUUUAUGAUGAUGAUAACGAUUUUCUUGAUACGUGUUCGGCCAGUUUCGGGCCAACUAAUAAUAUGCAGAGCAAAGCAACAAAGGAAUAGGAAAGACACUCAUUCCUAUACGUCUUCUCUUAACCCUGUUCGAGGGAUACAGAAAGACUACUACUCAUGCCGGUCUCAUUGUCUCGUAGUUCGUUGUAUGGCGAUGAUCGUGUAUCAACGAUAACUUCCAAGGGGCCAGAGCGAGAAGAUUUACAUAGCACGUUGAGAUGGACGGAAUGAACGUGACCAAACGACAUUAUUGUAUGCCAGGCACUAGUAGUAGAUGAUGGUCGCCAAUAGUGAAGCAUCAUGUUGAGAUGGCAUCGACAACAGACAGUGACUGUCCCGCUAAUAACAACAAUAUUUCUA